UGAUAAAGUGUUCCUUUGAGUGUCACCUAUGAAAGGGGUUAUGCGUUUUGGAAAGCGAGGAAAGCUAAGUCCAAGAUUUAUAGGUCCUUUUGAGAUAUUGGACAGAGUGGGACAGGUAGCUUAUCGACUGGCAUUGCCACCAGUAUUAGCUGAGACGCAUAAUGUGUUCCAUAUUUCUAUGCUACGAAAAUACGUGUCGGAUCCAUCACACGUGCUGAACUAUGAAAGAAUGGAGCUAAAGCAGGACUUGAGUUAUGAAGUGCGACCAGUUCGCAUUAUAGAGAGAGGAACGAAGGAGUUAAGGUCCAAAAGUAUUCCUCUAGUAAAAGUUCUGUGGAGCAACCGUUCAGAAAGGGAGGCAACGUGGGAAAUGGAGGGAGACAUGAAAGAACAGUACCCCGAACUUUUUGAUAAGUAAGCCUGUAAGCUUUCGGUGACAAGUUGAGUCUGGGCAGCAUGGGGUGUAUCUCGUGUGAUCAUGUAACUGCGUGUGGUCUUGGCCAUCUUCCGCUGAAAGUUUUUUUUUAAUUUAUUAAACUUAUCGAGGUUGUUGUCGUUUAAAUUUUCUAUUACUUUUCCCUAAGUGGUAAUACUUUAUUUUCAACUGGGUACCCAUGUUUUGAAAAGUGUUUUUUUUAAAAAAAAAAAU